AUGCGUCUCUCUGGUCUGCAGAAGGAGGUUUUGGCCCUCUACCGCCACUGUCUGCGCGAGAGUCGGAAAAAGCCAGAGGCGACGCGUGCUCACUUUGAGAAAUUCGCCCGAGCUGAGUUUGCCCGGAGUCUGAACCUCGACAAGCGCGACUUUGGGGCAAUCGAGUACCUGCUGCGCAAGGGCAAGCGACAGCUGGACGCGUACUCGUCGCCGGGUAUCAAGGAUGUCCGCUGA